UACGUCAUAACAUACCCGUACUGUACGGGUAUGUUAUGACGUAGUACAGGUGUGUUAUGACGUGGGAUAUGAUGUAGUACAGGUACAUUAUGAUGUACUACAGGUAUGUUAUGACGUAGUACAGGUAUGUUAUGAUGUACUACAGGUAUGUUAUGACGUGAGAUAGGACGUAGUACAGGUAUGUUAUGAUGUACAGGUAUGUUAUGACGUGAGAUAUGACGUAGUACAGGUAUGUUAUGAUGUACAGGUAUGUUAUGACGUGAGAUAUGACGUAGUACAGGUAUGUUAUGAUGUAGUACAGUUGUGUUAUGACGUAGUACUGGUGUGUUAUGACGUGAGAUAUGACGUAGUACAGGUGUGUUAUGACAUGAGAUAUGACAUAGCACAGGUAUGUUAUGAUGUAGUACAGGUGUGUUAUGACGUAGUACAGGUGUGUUAUGACGUAGUAUAGGUAUGUUAUGACGUGAGAUAUGACGUAGCACAGGUAUGUUAUGACGUGAGAUAUGACAUAGCACAGGUAUGUUAUGACGUGAGAUAUGACGUAGCACAGGUAUGUUAUGACGUGAGAUAUGACAUAGCACAGGUAUGUUAUGACGUGAGAUAUGACGUAGCACAGGUAUGUUAUGACGUAAUACAGGUAUGUUAUGAUGUGAGUUAUUACAUUAUACAGGUGUUAUGAUGUAAGUUAUAACUUAUCAGAGGUGUCUAGACAAUUAGCUAAAUGAUGUGUUGUUAACUUUAUACUAAUCUGUGUUUUUUUAUUUCAUUUUAGUGAAACUUUAACUUUAACAUGACUACAAAUGAAUGAGAUGUGUAUAAUUAUAGUUGGUGUAAGUACCUGAGAAACCUGGACAGUUCGACAUGUUCACACUGAACUCAUUCAUGAUUAAAUCAGUAAAUAAGAGAUUAUCGUGUUGGUUUGGUGUAAACAUGCUCAGUUCAGGUGUUCAGGUGAGAAGACGAGCGUGUCGUCCUGUCCCUGUUUCGACCUGGACGUCUCAGAGAAAAGCUGUCGCAGUAACAUCCAUCUCAGAACCGAGCAGGAUUUCACACCACAUGGAAAGACAAGGUGUCCUCGAACCGUCACCACCACACAUGGAUCAGAUCACAGCGACGAAAAGCCUGCCGAAGGUGAAGAGGAACGUCAGGAAAUCUCGGGGACGUAAGCAGAAAAUGAAGUAUGGCGACUGCACAGUGAAGCUCCUGGCUGAACUUCCCUUCACCAACACCGAGGUCUGGAAGGAUCUCGGCUGUGUUAAAUCAGGAGCAGGGAAAUAUGACUGUCACACAAUCCUAGGGUCUGAUAGAGGAUUUUCUAUUUCAGUCUCUGGCCCUGAGGCGAAGGAGAAGAUGAAGGGGAAGAAGAAAAAAAGGGGACAUGCAGAAGACGAGGAGGACGGAGAGAAAGAGAAGAAAAAGAAGAAAGAUAGUCCUCGUCCUAAUUACUUUGUGUCCAUCCCGAUCACCAACCAAAAGAUAAAACAGGGGGUGGAGGAAGUCCAGUCUGAGGUGUUACAGAAAGACCCUCGUCUCUCCAGAGCCCUGAUUCCUGUAGGCACGCUCCAUGUCACGCUGCUCGUCACACACCUGUCCUCGCAGGAGCAGAUCGACUCAGCUGCAUUAGCAAUAGAAGAGAUGGAGUCUAUGUUGACGUCCCUGGUGGGUGGGCGGAGCCUGGUGCUGCCAUUCCGUGGGAUCGGUCACUUCAAACAGGAAGUAGCUUUCAUCCACAUUGAGGAGGGAGAACACAUCAGUACCCUCACACACAUCGCAGACUCAGUCAGAAAGGCGUUUGAGGAGAAGGGGAUUCCGACCGGAGACCAGAAAGCUUUCAAACCUCACCUAACCUUCAUCAAGCUCUCACGAGCUCCCAAACUCCGGCGUCAGGGAGUCAAGAAGCUGGACUCGAGACUGUACGCAGCAUUCGAGCAGCGAGUGUUUGGUGAGGAGAACGUGUGCACCAUGGAUCUGUGCUCCAUGUUGAAGAAGAAGGAUGCUGAGGGUUACUACCACCGCGAGAAGACCGUCACGUUCGGUGGUAAACGCGGCCCUGAACCCGAUGAUGAUGAGCUGAUCAGUCUGAGUAAGAGGCUGGUGGAGGACGCCGUGUCCCGCGCCGUGCAGCAGUACAUGGAGGAGACACAGCAGAAUGGCUCCGCCCCCAAAGAUGAGGCUCCGCCCAAAACCACCUUCAAAUGACAGGGCGACCUCUGACCUCAUAUCCUCACCUGCCUGGGUGGAGGCCCGGGUCACGCCUUCUUCCUGCACACCUCCUCCCCUGCUCCGGGGGCGGCGGCUUUGUGCGUACGAACGACAGGGACGAGCGAUCACGCCUAGACAAACCGGAUUGGCUGAAUUUUCUAUGCAGGUUUUUUGCACACAGAAUAUUUUUUUUUGGUCUGGUCUGAUUUGAGACCACAGCCAUAUCGAACUGCACUACUGGACCUGGACAGGAACUGGGCGGGUGUUUUGUAACGAUGCUCCUGUGUGACAGUACGAGCUCUCAUGGCUCUGUGUGUGUGUGUGUGUGUGUUUUUCCCCCCAAACAUAACGAGCCGUGUUUAUAUGUUUGUGACCCCUUUAGGACGUGUGUGUGACACGCAGUGGGUCAGAUGGAAACUGCACUCGGACACAGAGAGUGUUUACAGGAGAGCGAGAGAAUUUAAGAUGCUGUUAGGACGAGAAGACGUACGAGCUCGAAUCACACGAGAACUGAGUGGGACACACACACAACACACACAACACACACAAGAUGCACAACACACACAAGAUACACAACACACACAAGAUACACAACAACCACCAGCAAACUAAACUCUCUCUCUCACACACACUCACACACUCUCUCACACACUCACCCACGCACUCACACACUCUCACGCACUUACACACACUCUCAUACACACACUCACACAUACGCACGCACACACACACACACAC